AUGGAUCCUUUGAACAAUGGCCAAAUCAAUGAUGACUUCAAUUACGAGCAAGACAAUAUAUACAUCGGCUCCAAUGUUCCCUGGCGUGCCGUCCAUUACACUGGCCGUCACGCCCAGACACCGGGGGGUCAUCUAGCUCCAGCUCCGACCCUCGACAUGUCUUUUAGCCGUAGCCAAACUUCAUUCUUCUCUCCGGUGUCUCCGUCGAGCAUUGGCAGUGCAGGCGGGCCAGCCCAGUUGUCCAGCCGUGAGACAGGCACCAACUACAACUUCGAGGCAUUCGACUGGGCUGGCAGCAAUUUGGUUCCACCGGAAGUUCCGCUGUCACAAGGUGAUUAUGUUGGUCAAUGGCCGACUAUCAGAUCUCUGGAUGCAGGGCCCUUGCGAAUGCCGCUGGAGCCCCAAGAUGCUGUCCACAGUCCCCUUGAGAAGGUAAAUCAACUUAAGAACGAUCUUCAAUUAUGGGACUCAUUAGCACUGCAAGCCUUGCCUGAACUCAAUCACUCCCAGCUGAUCGACCUGAGAAGUUUCAUUAAAAGCACCUUCUGCAAACUCGACACCUCAAUACAAGAGAGGCUUGACCUAGAUGCUCCCAAUAUACCUUCUCCACGAGAUAGGUACCUUUGCAAGCUCUGCAGCCAAGGCAAUCGGAAGGUGUACGGAACUCGUGGAACCUUUCGGCGGCAUGUGAGCCUUACUCACCAAGCUGAGCACAAAUACUACUGUCCUUUCGAUGGAUGUUCGUUCAGUACACCUAGAAGGGACAAAUUCCGUGGCCAUUUGCAAGUCAAACACGGUCCUUUUGCUCUUUCGCUACUGAACAAGGGCUGCCUCGACAACCUAGCACGGCCAUGCUCCCCUCCGAAAACGUGUGGACUUUGUCCAAAGCAAGUGACCACAUGGAAGAGAUAUUUCGAGUGCAUCGCAAAGCACUGCCGCCUCCCUGGUGGAAGUUCUGCAUACACCAGUGCAAGCCAGAGCAGAAGAGGCAGCGGAAACACCGGCGGAGACGGGGCAGACUUUGGCGGCCAGCAGUUUUUUGGCCCCGGCGGUAAUGAUGGAUCAGGUUUCCCCCCGUCGUCUUCACUUGAAGGAGACAACAUGGGUGGGCGUGACUUUGACUUCAACAAUAUUGGCCAGCAAUUCAGUUUCCAUGCUGCCAGUCUUUCUCAACACAAUACACGAGCCGAUACUAUUGGUGAAGCCGAGCAAAGUCCCCCGCCUGUAAUCAACGCUCGUGCUCGUACUCGUCCCAACUCAGAGCCGUGUUUUGUACCAAAUGAAGACGGUCCCAAGCAUCUAUCACCCGUCCGUAGUCCAACAAGCUUACAAGAGUAUCACCGCGCCCUGAAUUCGGUCCUGAAAGAGAGCUCACCAGCCUCUACCGAGAGGAAGUCUAGUUUAGACAGCUUCCAGCAAUGGGCUGCCGCCGGAAAUACGCCGCAUUCAUCGGUUGGUUCUGGCCAAAGUUGCACCUCAAAUGCACAGCCUAGAUCAACAGAUGAGAAUCCUCGAAAGAACCAGUCUCGGAAUCUUGAGAAGUUCUGCGAGACAAAGUGCAAGACCUGCGGCCAUGCCAUGCAGGGUUGCACUCAUUGUAAAGCCUCCAAUGGAGCUGAGCGAAGAUGCCAUCUUUGCGCAGGUAAGACUCGCCAGCAAAGCGACCAGUUGCGCCCUUGGCAUCAAGAAAGACAUGCAGAUCAUGCGGAUAUUUCUAGGAGGCCUUUAUCACCAUCCUCGAAGCUUGGUGGAAUGUUGGACUUGACACCGCAAGACUUUCAGCAUGAACUAUUUUUGCAAGAGUUAAAGAAAGAGCUCAGAACGUGCACAAAGACCGUUGUUUCUGUUGCUCAUCCGACCUCUGGCUUCCCUUACGCUGUUCCCCAGAGGGCAAUGUCAUUGUUGGUCCUUCACAAGAACCCAGAAAGUAACUGUCUGGGUAUCCUUACUGCCAAGCUUGAGAGUUAUGGCAAGCGGCCAUUCCUGCCGUGCAGUCAAGGCAGCCAUUCGCCUGGUCGUCCUGGUACUUAUAACAUCGGGGCAGCCCUGGGCCCGCUGGAGGGACAUGAUAUCCUUGCUCAUUCCACUAUGCUCAUGUCGGGAAUGGAUACCCAGCUUCGCACAACGCUGAUCAGGAAACCGGCCACUCUUUUAAUAGCUUACGGUUCGUAUGCGCUUGACCUUUUGGCAUUGGAUAAUGUCCCCUACGAUGUCGCUAUAGCACGGAAGAAGUUACCUCUUUUCAGGACACAGAUCCAAAUGCAGCUCAUGGAUGACUCGCCUGAUUCGUCAAAUCCAGGCCCUACAGAUACAACAGUAAUAUUGCGAAAGAGGCCACAUAUGCUUCAGACGCGGCUCCGCGUUAUUGCUAAGCUGCUCAAACUCAAAACGACGGUUGCGAAUGUCAUUGAGCUUGAAGCACAAGAACCGGAUGAACCUGGAACAUCUGAAUCUACCUCAGACUAUCCUGACCUCAUUGAAUUCACAGUCGAUCUUCCUAUCCUCGAUGGCACCCUCUCACUUUCACAACUAUGGAGUAUGAUGAUCAGCAACGCGGGGAUGAUUGUUGGGGGCUUCGCUUCCACGGCACUUGAUAUUCCCAACUUGAAUGAUGGGGGGAGGGAUAAUCUUCAAUUCUUUUUCAUGAUGCUGAUCCACAUUCUGACGAAGUUCGCUGGAGCUCCGAGCCUUGUAGCAAACAAACAAUCUCAACCUCCACCCCUCCUUCACUUCACUUGUCUACUCACCCUCUUCCUUAUCCUCCCAAACUUCUUUUUCUUCUUUCCUCCCCCUGUCUGCCUUCACCACGCACUUGGCCUUCAUGCAACAACCGCGAUGAACGACAUACGAGACUGGUAUGCGAGUCUUAGCUCCCAGGUUCUCGAUCUGGUGAGCGACUACGCAGGACAAGAGCUGUUUUGUCUCGAGGGAGACUCCGUCGUGCUUCAGUGUCUUGACGAUCCCGCUCUUGACUUCAACGCUGGGUUCCAGCUCCUGCAGGCGGUUUACAACGUUGAGAGACUCCUCUCUAAGUUCUUGUCGACGAAAUGCAAUUUUCACAUUGUCUUCUUUGACGAGAACCAAGGGAUUUCUACCAAAGCAGCCUCAGGUCACCAGAAUAGCUCCAAGUAUCAGUUGGCGAGGGAGAUUAUCUAUCAGCAUCUAAAGGUGCAUAUUCAGGAUCAGUACCCUGAUCUUCAAAUUCUUCGGUUUCCCUCUGUGGGAUCUCCUGAAUUCCACCAGUACAUUCAGACGUAUAGUGUCUACUUCGUCAUGUGCCACAAUGGAGUGCUGCAGAAUAGACGCCGGCCGGUGAUUGACGAUGCACUUCGUGUGAUCUGUAACAUGAUGACUCUUGGUCUGGAUGUGGCAAUUAUCAAUGAGAUCGAGUGGCGUGAUAGCAAGAUAUUGACAAGAGUCAUUCAAGCGAGCUCCUCCACGCUCGCUUUCAUUGAAUCAGAAGCAAAGCCCAAGAUCACGAAUCCGCCAUACCUAUCUAAGUGCACCCGUGUUCUACGUUCUAUUGCAGAAGCAAACGGCCAAGAGGUCAAUUCGACAAUGACAAGUAGGGAGGCUUUGACUGUGGCAGUCGCAUCGGUACUGUUCGCCAAGAAUCGAAAAAAUGAAGCAUCCAAGCAGAUGAUAGCUAUCCUGUUACUGCAUCUGGCUUGUCUCAAAAGAUUAUCUCUGCAACAACGAAGGACUGCGAAGCCCGAGAUACCAAACGAGGGGAUGUACAAGGAGUUCGUGGAUAAAUUCAGCAUCGCUGCAACGACCAUUCUUCAAACGAACGAAUGGAAAGGCUUAAACACAAACACAUCCUGGGGAGAUCUGCAUGACCUAUUUGAUGGCAGGCUUUUUAGGUCUUGCGCUACGUAUUCCAUGGUGGAGAAAGUAGCUCAUCUAAGCAGCCUCAUCAGUGGGGAUUGGCACACUAUAUGGGCCUGCUUGAAUCGUAUUGAAGAACUAGGCGGUCCGGAAGUGUUCUUCUCUCAGAACUAUCCGUACAUGGCGUCAUUGCAGAAUGAGGAGCCCGCCUUCGAUGACGAAAAUGAAGAGGAUCAAGAGGAUCAAGAGGAUCAAGAGGAUCAAGAGGAUCAAGAGGAUCAAGAGGAUCAAGAGGAUCAAGAGGAUCAAGAGGAUCAAGAGGAUCAAGAGGAUCAAGAGGAUCAAGAGGAUCAAGAGGAUCAAGAGGAUCAAGAGGAUCAAGAGGAUCAAGAGAAUCAAGAGAAUCAAGAGGAUCAAGAGGAUCAAGAAGAUCAAGAGGACGAAACGGAUGAAGACGAUGCAACGAAUGAAGAGGAUGAAGACAUGGAAAGCAAGUAUACCCUGUUGCCUUUCGAGCAUCCAACCUUUGAUCAACAUCUCGCCAGUGUGCACGUCAUCAUUGAGAACUCGCAGGAAGAAUAUCCCGAGCAAGGCUUCGAGGAUAAGACGCAUUGGCAUAACCGACGGUUGCUCGAUUCCAAGCACAGGACGCUUCCUCAAAAGCCAACAACCAAAUGGAACAACCCUGCGCGACGGAAUCAGGAAAGAUUCCGAGACUUCACCAAAUACGCAGCCAGCCUUACCAAUGCCAAGGGCAAUGCGCUCGAACAACAGGUGAUCGUGUCAUCGAGAGUUGCCAGAAAGCAGCCGAAAGCAGCUAAAUUAUCGUCUAAAGCAAAGCAGUUGAUAGAGAAACAGGAGGUUGAAAGGGCCAAGAAAGAAGAGUCAUCCUGGAUAGAUUCAUGGCAACGCAAGCUUCUCGAAUUGCGAAAGCUAGACCUUCGUCAUCAAGUGGACGAUAUCAGGGCUUUCUUAGACAGGCAGGAGAGCCGCAAGAGAGCUUUCCUUGAGCCCGAACUCCGCCUAUACCUAUUGACUCUACUUGUGGCUCUGUGGCAGAAAGAGACCUCAGCUCAAGAAGAGGAUAAGCUCGUCGCUUCAGCAAGAGAAGUCUGGGACCAAAUCCGAACUCUUCGGCACAAAGUCAACUGCAUGACUCGCGAGUCGUAUUCGAUGUUUCAUGACAUAUGCUGUAGACUAAGCAUCCACGAUACACCAUCGCCGUCGUCCUCUCUUCCGAGUCGGCAAUUGUGUUUUCAUUUCGAUAUCAGUUGCAUUAAACCACGACAGCUGGGUGCACCACUUGACUUUCAAGCCUUUCAGCUGCUCUAUUGCGGGCCAUUUAUGGAUCGUCAGACUGGCGCACAACCCGACGACCGCGUGGACUUUGAACCGGACAAAUGGCAGAAGGAAGUCCUCGAUGAGCUUGACAAGAAUCAUAGUAUCUUUGUCGUAGCCCCAACCAGUGCGGGAAAGACAUUCAUCAGCUUCUAUGCCAUGUCGAAAGUGUUGCAGGAAGACGACACUGGAGUCCUAGUUUAUGUAGCUCCGACUAAGGCGCUGGUGAACCAGAUCGCUGCAGAGAUCCAUGCACGUUUUCGGAAGAGGUACCCUGGCCCUGAGCAGACAGUUUGGGCUAUCUCCACUCGCGAUGUUCGCAUAAAUGAUCCUUUGAAGUGUCAGAUCUUGGUGACCGUGCCUCACUUUCUCCAGAUUAUGCUUUUGUCCCCAUCGAACGCCACCACAUGGGCUCCUAGAGUCAAAUGCAUCAUCUUUGAUGAGAUUCACUCCAUAGGUCAUACCGAGGAUGGUUUGGUUUGGGAGCAACUCUUAUUGCUCGCUCCGUGCCGUAUCAUCGCUCUUUCCGCAACCGUGGGAAACCCAUCAGAGUUCGCUGAUUGGCUUCAGUCAACACAGCAUAAUAUGGGGAUCUCUCUCAAACUGAUUCAGCAUACGCAGCGUUACUCGGAUCUUCGGAAGUAUUUCUAUGUGCCGCCAGAUCGUCCUUUUGAGGGCCUCUCCCGAUCGCGGCACAAGAGCCUCCUUGAGCACAAAUUUAUUGAGGGCUUGCAGCCUCUCCACCCAAUCACCAGCCUUCUAAGCAAGCAGCGGCAAAUGCCUGAGGAUCUUUCCCUUGAGCCAAGAGAUUGCUACUCACUUUGGAGAUGCAUGGUAAAGCACUCAUCAAUCGAUUUUCUCGUGCCAGAAUCUCUGAGCCCACAACUUGCCCUUCCAUCGUUCAUUAGGCGGAGCGAUGUGUAUGAAUGGGAGGCACAGCUGAAGGAGCUUCUAUCGACUUGGAUGCAAGAUAGUCACUCUCCCUUUGAAAUGGUGCAAAGCGAGCUGGAGGCUAUCUUCGCAACUGCUCAAGGAUUGCAGAUCUCAAAAAGCAAAGAAGGGAAUCAGAGCGACCAAGUGGUUCCCGAACGUCAACUCAUGAAAAACGAGCUAGGCACAUCUGUCUUCCCACUCCUCGUGGAUCUGCAUUCCCAAAAUGCCUUACCUGCUCUGCUUUUUAACUAUGCACGGACGACAUGCGAAGAGAUCGCGAUCGCGACUCUAGGGCAUCUAGUCAAAGCUGAGGACAAGUACAAGAGUGGUGCAUCAUGGAGGAAGAAGAUGGCGGAGUACGAGAAAUACAGGAGACUCGCGUCCAGAAAAGCUCAAACCGAGGAGAAAGGCAAGAAAAAGAGCAAUCUUAAACAAUCUCGAGACGAAGAUGAGAGCACCGCAAAUGAUGUGGAGGAAGAUAAUAGUCCAUUCAAGGGAUUUGACCCGGACAGGCCUCUAGAGCAGUUUUCAUUUGCUGAUACUCACAAAUUCGACUGGACAGACCUUCUCGAGGAGAUAGAGAUGAUGAAAGGGCGCAAGGUUAAGCCUUCGCUGCUUGAAGCUCUGAAGAGAGGAGUAGGCGUCCACCAUGCUGGAUUGAACCGUCGUUACCGCCAGUGCGUCGAGAGGCUAUUCCGCGCAGGAUUCUUACGUGUCGUUGUAGCCACUGGAACGCUGGCCUUAGGUAUCAACAUGCCAUGUUCAACCGUGGUGUUCUGUGGUGACAGCGUCUUCUUGACCGCGCUCAAUUUCCGUCAGGCUGCUGGUCGAGCAGGGCGUCGAGGAUUUGAUCUUCUCGGAAAUGUCAUCUUCCAUGGCAUUCCCCGUCACAAAGCAUAUCAAUUGAUGAGUUCACGGCUCCCGGAUCUGAAUGGGCAUUUCCCUAUCACGACCAGUCUUGUGCUUCGACUGUUCAUCCUGCUUCAUAAUUCCAAGGAGUCGCCAUAUGCAGUACGGGCAAUUAAUUCUUUGUUGUCUCAGCCACGCAUUAACUUCGGAAGUAUCGAGUCGAAGGACAAGGUACUUCAUCACCUUCGCUUUUCCAUUGAAUAUCUGCGACGCCAGGGUCUCCUCGGGAGACAUGGAGAGCCGGUUCGCUUGGCUUCGAGCAUUGCGCAUCUGUACUACACUGAAAAUAGUGCUUUCGCAUUUCAUGCUCUUCUUCGUGCAGGCUGCUUUGAGGAAUUGUGCAAGCAGCAACGGAAGAACACCGAGAAGAAACUGAGGACGUUGAUGAUCGUGCUAGCCCAUCUAUUUGGAAGAAAGUCUCUCGGCUACCGAUACGAGGAACUUCUGACCCGGAGACAAGAAUUGAAGUCUCCCUCGGUCGUGAUGCUGCCACCGCUGCCACCAAAUGCUGUAUCGGCGAUUCGAGCUCAUAACCAGAGCAUUCUCAGGACAUACACGGCGUACGUUGAGACAUUCGUCAAACAGCACCUGAAAGAACCGGAGUGCGAAUUGCCGCUUAGCAAAGUGCCAGUCGGGGGUAGUGGGAACCAAGAGCUCAGUCGCUUGCUGGGGGUACUGGAAGCGAAUCAAUCACGUUCACCUUUUGUUGGGCUCUCGGGGCACGAUGAUCGCUUUAAGAGCAUGAAAGACCUCUGCAAUUCGGUCCGGUCGGGAGUGUUUCUCGAGGAGAGUGUCAUACCACACCUUGAUGUUUAUCCGGAUAGGGGUAUGGCACCUUUGAAUGCCUAUCUGUAUGACUUCUUCUGUCACGGAUGUGUGGAACCUCUUGAGGUCGCCAAUUUUAUCUCCCGUUCUGACACCUGGUUUCUGCUGAAUGACUUCUCCCUCAUCCUAGCUACGAUCAUUGUUUCUCUGGAAGUCUAUUUUGAUCCCGACCUAAAGAGUUCAUGUUUGGAAGACAUGUUCGCACCUGAUGAUUCUUCGUCAACUCUUUCGGUCGAGGAUGAAGAAGACAAAAUAGUCGAUGUUCAGUCUGAGGGCCAAAAGGUCGCGUCGAAGCGCACUGAUAAUCAAGUCUCUCAGACGCCACGAUCACUUGGAACUCCCAGGGCCACGACUGGCGAGGAUGUGUUGGAGAAUUGGGACGAAGGUAUGAGCGACAAGAGUGACUCUAUCUCCGAAGACGACGAUACCCCAGAGGUUCCGGGUACUCUGCAUGAGGAGCGAGCUUCAAUGGUGUCGUUGGAGGUGCUGAACGCCUUCCGCGAGUUGAAGGAGCAGUUCGACGAGAAAUUCCAUGCUAUCUUCGCAUAA